AUGUAAUUAAUUUUUCCAAUGAUUGCUUAAAUUGCAAUAAUCGUGAAGAUAUAAGAUUAACUUGUAGGUGUCCAAUAAGAUUAUUUUAUUAUGCAAAACAAAAAUCAUGAUCCUAGUUUCACUCAUCAUGUUGAACUUGCUUUUAAGGGACAUUUGAUAGUUUUUUAACAUGCAAUGAAUUUUUAAAUAGAAUAUUAAAAGGAGUAACAUGUGUAUUUGUACAGGACUUUAUAUAAUUUCCGGAGUUUAUUGAGCUAGUUGUUUAACCUUGGAUGA